CGGCCCGCGUCCCGGACAGUCCUGGCCGCCGCACCCGAGGGACCCGAGGCCGCACCGCACACAGUGCACCACACCAUGUGGCGCCCAGCCUUGCCCGCGCUGCUACCGCUGCUCCUGUCGGCAUGCCGGCCCGGCGGUGCCGUAAUCGGCGGCCAGCAGACCACCAUUGAGCUCCACCCGCACCUGGUGGCCAUCGACUUCCAGGGGGACAUGGUGUGCGGCGGGGCGCUGCUCAGCCCCAAGACCGUCAUCACCGCGGCCAGCUGCUUCUUCGCCACGUCCGCGACGGUGGCGGCGAGGCCUUCGAAGUGGCGGACUACGAGCAGCACCCGGACUACAACGUGUACUGGGGCAACCACGACGCCCUGCUGCUCUACCUCAAGGACGAGGUUCCCUUCCGCGCCGAGGUGCAGCCGGUGGCGCUGGCCGCGCCUUCGGACGGCAUCGCCGUGGGGGAGAAGCUGGUCUUGGCCGGCUACGGGGACCUCUAUCAAGACGAGGUGCUGCCCGAAGGCGAACAGCGCCAGGUUCAGGCCGCCACGCUCGCCUUCUUCAACCAGGACCUCUGCGACGAGCUGUACUACUUCACGCCCCCCGUCGUCAACAACCGCGCGUGCGCCGGCGGACUCACGAGCGACAUGUGCGGCACUAGGGACGUCGGUUCACCCAUCGUCAACUGGCGGGGCCGCCUGGUGGGGCUCGCCAUACAGCAGAGGAAAACCUGCGGUGUGCCGGGGCUGCCCACCAGCUUCUCCAACCUGGCCCACCCCAACCUCAACCAGUGGGUCAUGGAGCACAUCAAGUAGCCACGACACCUUCAUCACUGUACAAAAACCCGAAAACAUUAAAUUAGCCUUUAUUUUGAGAGUGGUGAUUUUCUGUUCGGACCAUCUACGCCCAGUGAGCAGCCAGCCAGCCACACUCGAUAUGCCCGUUGGGCUGCCUACCUCGCAGGCGGGCGUGCACGCCGCGGCCCUAGAGCGCGGGCAUCCGUCUGACGACUUUGGUCGGUGUUAUUUCUCCACAAUUUCUCCUCAUCUUGGAAAAUUUUAAAGGACCUGGAUGUCAGGAUCCUAA